UGGGUGGACUAGGACAAGGACAGAAUUGUUACACAAACGAGGGUAGGUAUGGGUGGACUAGGACAAGGACAGAAUUGUUACACAAACGAGGGUAGGUAUGGGUGGACUUGGACAAGGACAGAAUUGUUACACAAACGAGGGUAGGUAUGGGUGGACUCCAACAAGGACAGAAUUGUUACUCACAAACGAGGGUAGGUAUGGGUGGACUCGGACAAGGACAGAAUUGUUACACACAAACGAGGGUAGGUAUGGGUGACUCAGACAAGGACGGAAUUGUUACACACAAACGAGGGUAGGUAUGGGUGGACUCCGACAAGGACGGAAUUGUUACACACAAACGAGGGUAGGUAUGGGUGGACUCGGACAAGGACAGAAUUGUUACACACAAACGAGGGUAGGUAUGGGGGGACUCAGACAAGGACAGAAUUGUUACACACAAACGAGGGUAGGUAUGGGUGGACUUGGACAAGGACAGAAUUGUUACACAAACGAGGGUAGGUAUGGGUGGACUCGGACAAGGACGGAAUUGUUACACAAACGAGGGUAGGUAUGGGUGGACUCGGACAAGGACAGAAUAGUUACACACAAACGAGGGUAGGUAUGGGUGGACUCAGACAAGGACAGAAUUGUUACACACAAACGAGGGUAGGUAUGGGUGGACUCAGACAAGGACAGAAUUGUUACACACAAACGAGGGUAGGUAUGGGUGGACUCGGACAAGGACAGAAUUGUUACACACAAACGAGGGUAGGUAUGGGUGGACUCUGACAAGGACAGAAUUGUUACACAAAUGAGGGUAGGUAUGGGUGGACUCAGACAAAGUCAGAAUAGUUACACAAACGAGGGUAGGUAUGGGUGACUCAGACAAGGACAGAAUUGUUACACAAACGAGGGUAGGUAUGGGUGACUCGGACAAGGACAGAAUUGUUACACACAAACGAGGGUAGGUAUGGGUGACUCGGACAAGGAUAGAAUUGUUACACACAAACGAGGGUAGGUAUGGGUGACUCGGACAAGGACAGAAUUGUUACACACAAACGAGAGUAGGUAUGGGUGGACUCUGACAAGGACAGAAUUGUUACACACAAACGAGGGUAGGUAUGGGUGGACUCGGACAAGUACAGAAUUGUUACACAAACGAGGGUAGGUAUGGGUGGACUCGGACAAGGACAGAAUUGUUACACACAAACGAGGGUAGGUAUGGGUGGACUCUGACAAGGACAGAAUUGUUACCCACAAACGAGGGUAGGUAUGGGUGGACUCUGACAAGGACAGAAUUGUUACGCACAAACGAGGGUAGGUAUGGGUGGACUCAGACAAGGACGGAAUAGUUACACAAACGAGGGUAGGUAUGGGUGGACUCGGACAAGGACAGAAUUGUUACACAAACGAGGGUCGGUAUGGGUGGACUCGGACAAGGACAGAAUAGUUACACACAAACGAGGGUAGGUAUGGGUGGACUCGGAAAAGGAUAAAAUUGUUACAAACAAACGAGGGUAGGUAUGGGGGGACUCUGACAAGGACAGAAUUGUUACACAAACGAGGGUAGUUAUAGAUGGACUCGGACAAGGACGGAAUUGUUACACAAACGAGGGUCGGUAUGGGUGGACUCGGACAAGGACAGAAUUGUUACACACAAACGAGGGUAGGUAUGGGUGGACUCGGAAAAGGAUAAAAUUGUUACAAACAAACGAGGGUAGGUAUAUGGGGGGACUCGGACAAGGACAGAAUUGUUACAUAAACGAGGGUAGGUAUGGGUGGACUCUGACAAGGACAGAAUUGUUACGCACAAACGAGGGUAGGUAUGGGUGGACUCAGACAAGGACGGAAUAGUUACACAAACGAGGGUAGGUAUGGGUGGACUCGGACAAGGACAGAAUUGUUACACAAACGAGGGUCGGUAUGGGUGGACUCGGACAAGGACAGAAUAGUUACACACAAACGAGGGUAGGUAUGGGUGGACUCGGAAAAGGAUAAAAUUGUUACAAACAAACGAGGGUAGGUAUGGGGGGACUCUGACAAGGACAGAAUUGUUACACAAACGAGGGUAGUUAUAGAUGGACUCGGACAAGGACGGAAUUGUUACACAAACGAGGGUCGGUAUGGGUGGACUCGGACAAGGACAGAAUUGUUACACACAAACGAGGGUAGGUAUGGGUGGACUCGGAAAAGGAUAAAAUUGUUACAAACAAACGAGGGUAGGUAUAUGGGGGGACUCGGACAAGGACAGAAUUGUUACAUAAACGAGGGUAGGUAUGGGUGGACUCUGACAAGGACAGAAUUGUUACACAAAUGAGGGUAGGUAUGGGUGGACUCUGACAGGGACAGAAUAGUUACACAAACGAGGGUAGGUAUGGGUGGACUCUGACAAGGACAGAAUUGUUACACAAACGAGGGUAGGUAUGGGAGACUCGGACAAGGACAGAAUUGUUACACACAAACGAGGGCCAUGUGAGAUUUUCCACAACCCCCUAGUGUAUGACAGUAUUACAGUCAAAGAUGCCACAAAGAUAGAUGCUAACCACCUGGUUGUAGUUUACAAGCGUCUCAAAGACAAUGAUGUACAGCGCAGAAUCAUCCAGGGCCCAACAGUGUUUGUUCCUGAGGCUGAAGAAUGGCUUCAUCAAUUUUCCUGGCAUGGUUGUGAUGCAUCUGACAAAACGAGAAUGAUCCCAGGGCACAAUAAGUUUACUCAGCUGGCUGUAAUCCCAGAACAGUUCUACUACAAUGUUCGGGAUGUAAGGACAGUUGAUGAUACCAUGAUAACAGUCAAACUCAUGAUAUUCUAUGACCUGAAAGAAAUACUCAAAAUGCUUGAUAAAACUCAUGAUCCGGUGGCCGAUAUGAUAAAUGCUGUAUGCGCUGACGUGAUUACUUU